AUGAACCAGAUCUACGAAACGAAUCCACAGAUCCUCCAAGACUUCCACCGCGCCCUGGUCAGCGGCGGCAAGGGAGGUCCUGUGCGACAGUCGGCUUUCCUUGAAGACUCAGCGAAGGGCCCCUGGGAUGGCGUGACAACCGAGAGUCUCUUCAAACGACUGCACCCCGUGGUUCAGACCAUGAUGCAGAAGAUGCCUAGCAUGAAGAAGGAAUGGGAGCACACGGUCAACUCUGCCAUGCUGCAGAGCAAAAAGACCAGCGUCGGUGAGCAGCAGGAACUUCGAGAAACCAUGGAGAAGAACCUGCAGCAGCUGAAUGCCAUGUACGAGGCCAACCCACGGAUACUGGAGGACGUCCACCGAGCGGUGCAAGGAGGUGCCAGCUCGUCG